CAAGUGUGUUCAUCGGAGGGGAAGACGCGGCGCAGGCCCAACUAUCAUUUCUGCCUGAAAAUCGCAACCUUAUGCCGAUAUUUCGAUUCCUGCGCGCGGAAAUAAUUCCAGAAUGUGCCGCAUCCUAAGGUCGGGCUGUGUAAGUAAGGACUGACGUCGAGAGGAAUGGUACAUUCCGCAGCUCCGGGCGGAAGCUGUCUCUUCUUCCCUUGGCGUGGAGGCGCGGCGCAAGAUGGCGGCCCCGGGGUAUUUUGCAUAUGUCAUCUUAAUCUUAAUAUUUGUGGCAAGCAUACAGGCUCUGACUCCUAGCCACUUUCUCACGAAAUAUGAUCUUCAAAGGUUACGAGCUUCAUUGGAGCGUCCAUUCACUGAUUUGGAAGGAAGCUAUUACUCUAUCGUUGGACUGAACAGACUUGGAGGAAAAGUGGCUGAUGAAAAGGCUGCCUGUAACUUCAUCAAAUCUAAGGUGGAUCCAAACAGCAUUGAUUCCCUCUUCUAUGCUGCACAGGCGAGUCAAGCAUUGUCUGGAUGUGAGGUUGCCAUUUCAAAUGAAACUAGAGAGCUGCUACUUGCUGCUGUCAGUGAAGAUUCUUCAGUAAACCAAAUCUACCAUGCCGUUGGAGCCUUGAGUGGCUUUGGACUGCCUCUGGCUUCCCAAGAAGCCCUGACUGCCCUGACAUCUCGCCUUAGCAAGGAAGAGAAUGUCUUGGCAACAAUCCAAGCUUUGCAGACAGCAUCAUACCUAUCUCAACAGGCAGACCUAAGAGGCAUUGUGGAAGAGAUAGAGGAUCUUGUUGCCCGACUGGAUGAUCUCGGAGGAGUGUAUCUACAGUUUGAAGAAGGCCUUGAGACAACUGCAUUGUUUGUGGCUGCUACUUACAGACUCUCUGACCAUGUAGGGACAGAGCCAGCGAUGAAAGAGGAUCAAAUAAUCCAGCUGGUAAAUGCAAUUUUCAGCAAGAAGAACUUUGAGACUCUUUCUGAAGCAUUCAGCAUAGCUUGUGCUGCAGCUUCCCUUUCCCAGAACAAUUACCAUUUGCCAGUCAUUGCAGUCCCUGAGGGACCUGCAGCUGUUUCUCACCAUCAGCCCAUUCUCAAGCUCCAGGUGACAAAUGUUAUGUCACAGCCGCUCACCCAGGCGAGUGUGAAUUUGGAUCAUGCAAAAUCUGUUGCUACUAAAGCCACUGUCCUCCAGCAGUCUGCCUUUGCCCUGUCUGGAGAUAUCUUUGAGCUGAACUUCAUGAGUGUUAAGCCUGCCAGUGGCUACUAUGAUUUUGCAAUCAGCAUUGAUGGAGACAGUCGAUUUAUUGCAAACAAAGUUGAGCUGAAAGUCAAGGUCUCAACAGAAGUUGGUAUUUCAAAUGUGGAUCUCUUCACUGUGGAUAAAGAUCAGAGCAUUGCACCAAAAACUACCAGGGUCACUUACCCAACAAAAGCCAAAGGGUCCUUCACUGCUGAUAGCCAUCAGAAUUUUGCCUUGUCUUUCCAGUUAGUCGAUGUGAACACUGGAGCAGAACUCAUCCCUCACCAGACCUUUGUUCGUCUUCACAAUCAGAAGACUGGUCAAGAAGUAGUGUUUGUUGCAGAACCAGACAGCAAAAAUAUCUACAAGUUUGAGUUGGAUACUUCAGAGAGAAAAACAGAGUUUGAUUCUGCCUCUGGAACCUAUACUCUUUACUUGAUCAUUGGUGAUGCUACUCUGGAAAACCCAAUCCUCUGGAAUGUGGCUGAUGUUGUCAUCAAAUUUCCAGAAGAAGAUGCUCCAUCCACAGUUCUGUCAAAAACCCUUUUCACUCCAAAGCCAGAGAUACAGCACCUGUUCAGAGAACCUGAGAAGAGACCUCCCACUGUGGUAUCUAACACAUUCACAGCCAUGAUCCUCUCUCCACUGCUAUUGCUCUUUAUUUUGUGGAUAAAGAUUGGGGCCAACAUUUCCAACUUCAGCUUUGCUCCUAGCACCAUUAUAUUCCAUCUGGGCCAUGCAGCCAUGUUGGGACUCAUGUAUGUCUACUGGACGCAGCUCAAUAUGUUUCAGACCAUGAAGUACCUGGCUAUACUUGGCACCCUCACCUUCCUAGCUGGCAACAGGAUGUUAGCACAGAAAGCUGUGAAAAGGAUCGCUGCAGAACAGAGCAGUAGGUUGGCAAAAUAUAGAACACUGCGGUAAAAGGGUUAUUUGCUAGUGACCAGCUCUUCUUCCUAGAAAACACACUAAUUUCAGAAGAAAGGAAGAACUGAAGGAAGAUCAGUUUGAGAUACAAAGGAAAGGAGCCAAAGGAGAGUUUAAAGACCAGAAACUGAAAUGUGGAAAAUAAUUGCCUGUAAUGUUGGAAAGAUGUCUUUUUUUUACAAGAAGUGUUUCCCCACUGUUUCUGUUCAGUGUCUGAAAUGCUUUGUUUUAUGACAUAAAAAACCUUGCCAACUACCCAGAAUGAUAGAAAUUGAUGAACUCCAAACUGUUGUUUUGUCUUUUUUCCCCCCCAUUGUCCUUAUGAAAUAAAAUAGACAAAAAGGA